GGUGUUUUGGGCGGAAGUAGCGUCACGGGAGCAGGGCGAGCUGACGUCACCACACGUUUGUUGUAAACAUGGCGUCCGUGACAACAGCCACGUCGGAGUGGAUUCAGUUUUUCAAGGAUGCUGGGAUCCCAGCUGGCCUCGCUGUCACUUAUGCAGUCUCCUUCGUGGACAACAGAAUUAACAAGAACAUGCUGAUGGACCUCAGUAAAGACAUCAUGAUGGACCUCGGGAUUACAGUCAUUGGCGACAUCAUUGCCAUUCUUAAACAUGCCAAGCAGGUCUACAGGCAGGACAUGUGCAAAAUGGCCACAGAAGCCAUCUCCUCAGGACAGACCAGUGUUAAAGCUGAGCUCAGACGAACUGCCAAUACUCCCGCCACUCGUAUGAUUGCCAACGCUUUGAGCAGCGACUCCCCUCCAGCCACUCCAGCCCGUCGGCCCGACAACCGCCUCUCAGUCACAGUGUCCAACAUGCAAGCAAACAAGAGUGGCAAAGCGGUUGUCAGUCAGCCGGCUGACGAGGGGAACGGUUUGCAGGCAGUGAAGCGCCGACGUGUGACAGCUGAGAUGGAAGGCAAGUACAUCAUCAACAUGCCCAAAGGCUCCACGCCUCGUACACGCCGCAUCCUGGCCCAGCAGGCCAAGAAAGGUAGGCCUGACCCGGGGGCCUUGCUGACAACUCGCGCCAGUACAGAUGGUGCUCCGCAGCUAAUUGAUACUAAAGGUUCGAAGCGCACCUCUGUGUUUGCAAGACUUGGGGCUGAAUCGAAGGCAGACACAACAACAAGCAAUAACAAGCCAAGCGGUGUGUUCAGCCGUCUUGGCCGAGGGGAUGAAGAGGAAAACGGGCAGACGACUGGCAAAAUGGCUGCAAACAUGGAUGUUGAUGACCAGGACGACAGUGACGGAGAAGGCUCCGUUCUUCAGUAUGCUGGCGUUCUCAAGAGAAGCAUGCCCUCCCAGAAGAAGGAGCCAGUGGCCAAGCCACCACCGACCACCCUGCGGCGACUGGGAGGCAAAUUUAAACUACCUCCCUCAGACACCCCCACCUCAUCUGUCUCCCCUAAUGGCCUCCCCCCUGCCAAGGUUAGUGUGCUUCAGAGACUCGGCAAGCUUCCUGCAACACACCAGAACGCCGCUGCAUCGCCCAUACCUGCUGACACACAAGACAACAGGGUGACCAGCACUAAGCACAAAGCCCAUGAGGGACUGACCAUAGCCAGCUCCAAGGUAAGCAGCAGCACCGGGGCUGGAGGAGGAGCAGGAGAUGGAGUGGGAGGAGCAGGAGCAGAGUCUGUCGGUGCCCAGAUGGAUGUUAGGGCUAUCAGUGUUUUUAAGAGACUGGGUAGCAAGAAAACCUAAUGCUUAUCACUAAGAAAGUAUUCAGACUCUUUCUACACUCCCUUUAUAGAAUUUGUAUCACCCCUUUUCUGCAUUUAUCCUGGAAACAUGUAGAUGCAGAUCAGAGCUUUUUCACCUUUUUUUGCUCAGCCUCAGAUAAAUUUGAUGGGUUUUUUUAUAUAUAUAUAUAUAUAUACCUAAGUCGUGCAGCCAUUGGAAAAUCACCUUUUGAGUGGGGCCUAAACCAAUGUUUUUUGUGAAUUACAAGUCUCUACCUGGAAUCUAUCCAUCAUGUCUCAUUCAUAUCUACCAUUUAUCUUUCUUUUAAAUAUGUUUAUUUAACUCAAAGCAUGAGCAUGACAUGAACCAAGCUGCCAUAAUGGUGUUUUUAGAUUUACCCUUGCACUCCUCAAAUAAGAUUGCUGCUGCCGACACUUCCCGUUUUGAGUGUCCUCCUGAAGGAAUAGUUGAGUAGUAGAGGUGAUUCUUGAAUUGUUCUUGUUACCAUCAUAUAUUACCUCUUCUAUAACGUCGGGAUAGUAGAAAAAGCGCUGAUGAAAGGCUUCUUAACUUCAGCCCUGGAGUGACUGCCAGUAAAUUCAGACUUUUAAAUACAACGACCUCUCAGAACACUUGAAAAGAAUAAAAAAAACUCCUCUCCUGUGCUUUAUGGAGUAAAAUUCUCAUCUCUGAACUAAAACACCCAUGUCAACCAUUCUAUCACAGUACUGAACGUUUCCUAUAACCUACUUGAAGGCUGGGUCACAGUAGAAUACUUUUUAUUUUAAAAUGCAAUGUAUAGAUUUGUUAGACUUGGUUUCACACAGCACAGAAACAGUUCUGCUGCAUAUUUUUCUAUGUGGACAUCCUUUUGUCAUUUUCCCAUUUAAAGAAACUUGUAGAUGCCAUCAUGCCUGGUGUCGGGGAGCGGGGUAGUAAGUAGUUUACUUUUACCAAGUGUGGACCAUUAACACCUGUGUACUAUUCUUCACACCAGAAUUUUGUUACACUGUAAAUACUUUAAAUGUUUAAAAUCACUUUUUUUUUUUAAAUGUUGUUAAAGAGCAAAGCAGAGCAAAUUUCACCUUGAACUUUUAUGAUUUUUUAAAAAAGACAUUAAGGAAAACGGUUAUCAGUUUGGAAAGAAAAAUGCUUGGAAAAUAAAUUAGAAAUGUUUCAAAAUGUC